AUGGCUGCUCAGGCGGUGCGCCAAUGGGGCGUGACGCCUCCGAUUUCGAUGAGCCUGCCGACUCCUGAAGAACUCAGUGCCAACGAUGACUUGAUCACGGAAUUGAAGGCUCAAAAUAACUUCGAAGCCCCUGCCGAGACGGAGCGCCGACAGCAGACCCUUCAACUGCUCCAACGAGUGGUCAUAGAAUUCGUCAAGGUAGUUGGUCGAAAAAAGGGGCUGUCGCCAGCAGCAGUCGAGGCAUCUGGCGGGAAGAUAUUCACAUACGGUAGCUAUCGUCUGGGUGUCUACGGUCCUGGGUCUGAUAUCGACACGCUGAUUGUCGCUCCAAAGCAUGUUCUCAUCGACGAUUUCUUCUCUGAUUUUCCCCCAGUCCUCGAACGCAUGUCCCCUGCGGGCGCUAUUGAAAAGAUGACCCCGGUCCCCGACGCAUUCGUACCUAUUAUCAAACUAGAAUUUUCUGGGAUCAGUCUCGAUCUUAUUUUUGCACGCUUAAUAAUACCGUCUAUUCCCCUGAACCUUGACCUAAAAAAUAACGACUACUUGCGAGGUUUGGAUGAUAAGGAAGUGCGGUCCCUCAACGGUACUCGUGUGACCGAUCAGAUUCUGGAACUUGUACCACAGCAAAAGACCUUCCGGCUUGCUCUGAGGGCUAUUAAGCUUUGGGCUCAGCGUCGUGCUAUCUAUUCGAACAUCGUUGGGUUCCCUGGAGGUGUCGCGUGGGCGAUGCUGGUUGCACGGGUGUGUCAGCUAUAUCCUCAAGCGACGGGUUCCGUUAUUGUUGGCAAGUUUUUCCGCAUCAUGACCAAAUGGGCCUGGCCCCAGCCGGUGCUACUGAAGCCAAUUGAAGAUGGCCCUCUGCAGAUCAAAGUGUGGAAUCCAAAGAUCUAUCACGGUGACCGAUUCCAUCUGAUGCCCAUCAUUACCCCUGCUUACCCAUCGAUGUGCGCUACGCACAAUAUUUCCAUGUCGACGAAAGCUGUGAUCUUGCGUGAAAUGCAGCGGGGAGGGGACAUUGUUGAUAAGAUUUUCAGCAAGCAACUCAGUUGGAACGACCUUUUUACCCGGCAUACAUUUUUCUCCAAGGAUUAUAAGUACUACCUUCAAAUCACUGCUUCCAGCAAAACAAAAGACGCACAAUCUAUUUGGUCAGGUCUUGUAGAGUCUAAACUUAGACAUUUGGUUGGUGCUUUGGACAGGAAAAACAUCAUUGCCGUCGCUCAUCCCUUUCCUAAAGGAUUUGAAAGAAUACAUGUGGUGAAAGAUGACGCAGAAGCAGAGCAAGUCAAAAAUGGGUCUACCAAAUAUCAGGCUCAAGGUACAAAAACCGAAACGACAGAUGAGACUAAUGAUCCAGCACACACUGCAGCCGCUGAAAAUGGUGCUCAGGAUGCCAAGGUUCCCGAAGCUGAGUCUAAUGCGGCAGCAGAUAGUCGCACGCUUUACACCACUACGUACUAUAUUGGCCUAGAGCUGAAGCCACUUGAACCGGGAAGUUCGCGAUCUUUGGAUAUUUCGGUUGAUGCAAACAUCUUCAAAUCAACAUGCACUUCGUGGCAAGGAUUUCAGGAGGGUAUCAACGAGCUGAGUAUUACUCAUGUCAGGAGUUUCGAUUUGCCUGGCGAUGUCUUCGAAGCUGGAGAGACGCGACCUGUUAGACCGAAAAAGAAGGUUGCGAAGCCAGCACCUACGGCGGCUCCUCAGAAGCGAAGCAUUGAUACUGUAGACGGCACCAUACAAUCGGAAGCGAAGCGACAAGUAUCAUCGAAUGGAUUUAGCCAUGCAGCGACUCCAGCUUGA